AUGAAGAUUCGUCGAGAAUUAGAUUCAUUUGAAAAACGACAUCCUGAGUUUACUGAUUCUGGAAUUCGAAGCGAUACGAGUCAACCAACUGCAGAGAGAAUUUGCAAAGAAGAAUUCGGAGAAGAUGCAGUUUCUGUCUUUCUUGGAGAAGGCGGUCAAGGAGUGGUUUACAACUGCUCUUCUGAGGAAGCGGGGGUUGCCUAUGCUCAGAAGCUUUAUAAGAAUCCGUUUUUGAUGGAUCCUGAGAGGGCGGAAAUUGUUGAUUCAGCAAUGUCAAAUACAGAGAAUGGCCCGGCCAUUUACAAGUUUUUUGAAGAAAAUCUUGACGUCAAAGAUUGCUGCGAUCUUUCAGCCUGCGAGGAUCCGCCAACAAGUGGCUGCGCCGACUGCACAGCAUGCGAUCAAGCGGCCGUUUUUGGCAAAUUCGAGGAAUUGCUUUAUGGAAAAGACAUCACAAAAUCGGAUUUUGACGCGAACGAUGAGAUCGUCUACAAAGCUUUCACAAAGAAACUCGCAAAACUACAUCAAGUAACGCAGAAAGAAUGCGACAGAAAAGUCGGAUUCUGCUACGAGUCCUGGCCAUGGAACACAAGAGCCGUCGCAACUCACUUGGACUCCUGGGGAGUUCUCGCGAAGGCUUUCUUGGGAAAAUUGAUCAAGGAAUAUCCAUCAGAAAAUAUCAAAACUUAUGAUGACGCUGUCAACAUGUUGUAUGAAAAUCUUUAUGCGACCAUGAGCCCAACUGUUUGGGCUCACAAUGAUCCUCAUCCAGGAAAUAUCUUUAUUCGAGAUGAAGGAGAAACUUUAGACGAAAAAAUGCUGAUAAUCGACUAUGACAACGCAGAAUUCGGGAUGCGAGCUUGGGAUCUUAUGUACUACGCCAAUUCUGCCCUGCUUAAUGGAGAAAAAUUCCAGGACUACAUCAAUUCCUACGUCGAAAAUUACAAUCAAAUUGGCCCUCGUGAAUUCUCAUACGAAGAACUUAUGCAGGAGCUGAUCUGUGUCUACCCAUGGCUGUUCUUUGAUUUUGCCAGCUUUACAUUCUACUGGGAUGUUGAAGUCAGCACAGCUUGCUUUUUUGCGUGGAGAGUUUUGAUCGAAGAAUACGAAAACGGAAACUUAUCCUGUCCAUCAACCGGAAGAUACCCUGAAUACCCGAAAUGCUACCCGAUCGCCUGA